AACACUACCUCCACCCGCCUCAUGGUGGCGCUAGAGUCUUUGAAACAUUCGAAAGUAUGACCUUGUACUGGUCAUUUACUCCAUCUGCAUGGUUUGUGGUUGAUUGAUAUUCCAGUGAUAGCUGUCUUGUCCUGAAUCCUUUUGUUCAUUCUGGAUAUCAGUGGUUAGUGGCCUACAAGCAUUCACUUCAUUUCAUGUUCUUGUGGAGUCAUGUACUGAGAUUUAAGCGGUUUGUUCCUUAUUUCUGACACCUGUUGUAAUUAGAAAAGGAGUCAUUCCUACACAUCACCUAUAAAAGGCAAACGGAACUGUCCCAAGGGCUCACUAAACUGGUACUGAACAUUGCACACACAAGUAAACACGGCUGUCCUUGGUGCUGAAUGCUACCUACACAGGCAAUGUUCCUGGUGCCUAAUACAAAUGUACUCUCUACACAGGCAUUCUAUUGCACUACCUACGGCUACGGCAUGGUGGCGCUUGCAUUAGGAACGUUCUACAGUUUGUGGCGUUUGACGUUCGAAAUUGUGACGUUGACAAUGCAAUGUCACCCACCCCCUAACAUUGUUGUUUUCUACUUUGUUAGAGACAGCGCGUUUGUUGAACGACGCCGUGUAUUGCGCUCGUAAAACAAGCAAAAUAUUGAGAUAAAUCAAUGUGCUCGAAGAUUUUCCUUACGGAAGAAAUUCUUUAAGGCUGCCUUCAGAGUUCGUAGGAAAGCAAAGUAAGUAUGGACUUGGAAGAGAUUAGUUCCGAGUAUUGGGAAGACCCCAUAAAGUGGGAGUGUGGCCAGUAUGGAUACUCCGUGAUAAAGAACAUCGCAAUCGGGAGCUUUGGUGACAUCAAGCUGGCUAAUGCUGAAGACUCGGCACUGGAGAGGCGGGAAGACCUAGCCGGUGAUGCAGAUGCCAAGGGGCACAGCUUGGUGGCGGUGAAAAUCGUCCAUACUGGAAACGACGAUUAUGCGAGUGACAUCCUGCCGAGGGAGGUGAACACUCUGCGGCGGCUCCAUCACCCAAAUGUGAUGAAAAUGUACGAGUAUUUCUACGUCGCUGCCCGUACCUACAUAGUGUUGGAGUACUGCGGUACGAACGGGAGACUGGGGGAGUUUAUCCGGCAGUACCGGGCCGGCAGAGGACUGGGGUUAGCCGAGGACGCCGUGCGGCACUUCACCAAGCAGCUGGUGAAUGGAAUGAAAUACGUACACAAACGUGGCAUCGUACACAGGGAUCUACGGGCCGAUAACAUAUUGUUGGAUGAUAAAUACAACAUCAAGAUAUCGGGUUUCGGCUACGCCACAAAGCUGGAGAAGGGCGUUGGUCUGGUGGACCUUUCUGACCCAUCUUUCGAGGAGAAGACGUCAAGACUGGCGCUGGAGUACACCCCUCCAGAGGCCUUCUCGUACGACAAGUACCUGGGGAAACCGGCCGACGUUUGGAGUUUGGGAGUUGUGCUUUACAUGAUGCUUGCGGGAAAGAAGCCGUUCACAGCGCCGCAACACAAGUCCCAGCAAGUGAGAGCCAGUCUGUACUGCAAAGCGGUUUGGGAGCGUAGCGGCAAGCAAAGCUAUAGCAACCGUAUCUCAAAAGAGGCAAAGAUACUAUCCCGUAAGCUUCUUGAUGUGAAGGACGAUGCUCGGCCGACUCUAAAGCAGCUUAGUGCGUCACGAUGGCUAAAAAACGCCAUCUUGCAGCCCGACCGACUUAUGAAUCUUGUGCGGCUGCACAAGGACCAGUACAGGGAUUUGGCGGGAGUCGGGGAGGCCGAGAGAGCGCCGUCUGAGAUCGACCAAGAACCGCUCUUCAUGUCAGAUUUCAUGGGCUUAACCGCUCCCAACCCAUGGCGCAAUGGUGUGGCGUCCCCACGAUCAGGUGUGGCAUCCCCGCAAUCAGGUAUGGCAUUCCCACAAUCAGGAGUGGCAUCUCCACAGUCCGGUGUGGCAUCCCCACAGUCAGGUGUUGCAUCUCCACAGCCAGGUGUGGCAUCUCCACAGUCAGGUGUGGCAUCCCCACAGUCAGGCGUGGCAUCCCCACAGUCAGGUGUGGCAUCCCCACAGUCAGGUGUGGCAUCUCCACAGUCAAGUGUGGCAUCCCCACAGUCAGGUGUGGCACCCCCACAACCAGGUGUGGCAUCCCCACCAAAAUCAGGCGUGGCAUCCCCUAUCGGAAGGGCUCAUGAUGACGCCUAUCCGUCAGGAAAUGCGACUCCUGACGUGAAGCCAAGACGACAUGUGGAGAAGUCUGAUGAGGAAAAGUCGCGUCGCGCCCGUCGCGGCAGGAACCUUGUCCCUAUGAAACAGACGGGUGUUGGGAACCUAGUCGGUGCUUCAGGCUUCGUGCCCAAACCGCCGCCUGGGAAGAAGUGUGUGGCAGGUGGUGUGGCGACGCCUCCGUCCGGAUCCGGACAGCGCCCGGCUUCGCAAGCACAGAUAAAGAAGAGAGGGCGAAGAAUUCCGGAUUCCGGAUCAAAGGGUAAAAACAAUAGAGAGCUGACCACCAAUAAAAGUGGCAGCUUUAAAGCGCGGACACCCUCCUCCUUCCUUUGCCCACCGCCAGAGGGCCGUACACAAGAGGAGCCACAGGAAGGUGUGUCCAAGUAUCUGGAAGAUGGCGGACCCCGCAGCCCGAACAGGUUCACACGGGAGAUAAAAGGUGUAAAAAAGGUACCAGCCAAAAGAACCUCCCGCUUCAAAGCACGGACGCCCUCCCCCUCCUCCCCCUGCCCUAGCCCAACGCCGGAGUGCCUUACUCAAGAGGACCCAGAAGAGGACGGUGUGCUGACGUAUCUUGGAGGCGGCGGACCCACCAUGAAGCUGUCGCCAGACGGAAGAAAGCUCCUCCCGGCGACGCAGAAAGAUGUCGGAAACCUAGUCGCUAGUACAGGCUUUGUGCCCAAACCGCCGCCUGGGAAGAAGUGUGCGGCAGCUGGUGUGGCGACGCCUUCGUCCGGACAGCGAUGCUCUUCACAAGCACAGAUAAAGAUGAAAGGACGGAGAAUUCAACAGAUUGAUUCCGGAUCAAACCGUCAAAAGGAUGGAGACCUGAACAAAAAUGGCCGCCUAACGCAAGAAGAAUCAGUGGGAGGUGUACUGAAGCUGGAAGAUGGCGGACCUUGCAGCCCGAACAGGUUCACACGGGAUACAAAAAUAGUGGAAAAGUUACCAGCCAAACGAACCUCCCGCUUCAAAGCACGGACGCCCUCCCCCUCCUCCCCCUGCCUAAGCCCACCGCCGGAGUGCCUCACUCAAGAGGACCCAGAAGAGGACGGCGUGCUGACGUAUCUUGGAGGCGGCGGACCCACCAUGAAGCUGUCGCCAGACGGAAGAAAGCUCUUGCCGAUGACACAGAAAGAUGUCGAUGGUACAAGCUUCGUGCCCAAACCGCCAUCUGGGAAGAAGUGUGCGGCAGGUGGUGUGGCGACGCCUCCACCCGGACAGCGCCCGGCUUCGCAAAGUGCCUAUCCCAAGAGGAAUCAGUGGGAGGUGUACUGA